CUGAUACUUUGGCAGAUGCUUACUGUGACAAUGAAAGGAAAUGCUUUCUUAAUCACAUAAACAACUUCACAUGCUUAGCCUUAUAUUCUUCUUGGGGAUCAAGCUUUCAUCCGCUUCAGUACAGCAAGAAUCUGUUGCUAGAUAUCCUGGAGCAGCAAUGAAAGACAAAGAAACAGUAGCAAUAAGUCACUACCCUAAAGCAGCCAUAAGUGGAAGCAAGACUGCAGUUAUAGGGACAUCUUCCAUGCCUAGUGCAGGACUCCUAACAUCGUCUGCUGUGACAACACCUAUGCAAAAUACCUUUGGAUUAACCCAGCACUUUCGAGCCAGUGUGCAACUUCAGAGGCUUAAUAGCCAAUACCAAGGAUCUGUUGACACACAGCACUGGGCUUUGAACAGUCAUGUAUCCCUUGCGAAUGGAGUUGGAAUAUUUGACUUGGAUCGUGUAGAUGAAGAGGUCCUCAAGGCUUUGGUUUUGGAGAUGGGUUUAGACACAGCCAAUGAGCUUCCAGAACUCUGGUUGGGGCAAAAUGAAUUUGAAUUUGCUCCAGAAUACUUGAUGAAACUAGAAAAAUGAAAUGAAAAGUUGUUUCACUUUGAAUAUUGAUAGAAUUUCAUGCUCAUGCAAUGUUGUUGUUUUUUUUUAUCAAUGCUGUACUCCAGUUUCCUGGCAUACAAAAGUUGCAAAUUUUGCACUACUUACAGCACUAAUCUUAAUUUACACCUAAAAAGUAAUGUAAUUAUAGCGAAAAUCUACUCCAACCUAUAGCUAGAACACAUAUGACAUACAGACUGCCCAAGAUACAAAUUUAUUAAGAGACGUGCUUCUCUUAGUAUAUGUGGUGCAUCUUACUCCAUCAGGCUUUUGACUGAUGACUGGCAUAUAAAACACCAGUCCUAGUAAAUCUUCCCCAAUAUUUUUAGUGUAUGCAAUGGUCAUGGCACUUACUAAUAUUAAAUUAAACAAACUCAGAACUUUAGAGGCUAGUUACUAUUACCUGCAAUAUUCCCUCUCCUAUUACAUUCUAAUUUAAAUACAGUGGCUCAGAAUUAAGAAUCCUAUUGAUAGCGUCAAUUUAAACAGGCUGUCUAGAUCACAAGGGCUCAGGCUGGAUGAUAAAUCAGGUGCAGAGCUAGAUACAUUUGUCUAGCUGUAUAAUUGCUAUAUACUGGCUUACUGUAAGACAGAAUAUUAUGCCAGAAUUGUGGCUCAAUUUUGGCUCAAAAUGGUGCAUCUCAUGCCAUGUCCUUUCUGCAAACCACUCACCCCUCUGUCAAGCAAGUUGGAAUACAUUGUAUAAACCCUAAUUGCGCAGAAAUUUGCACUUUUUAAAAGAUUUUAGAUGCAGACACAUUGGCCAGUGUUCCUUGUGUUUUAUAUACUCUGCUACGGUACUUUGUAGUAUAUUUUCAGAUUAGUCAUUUAUGCAAUAUGUAAAUCAUUUAUUGUACAAUGCAAUACAUGGAAAAUGUGGUGAAUGUAAGCACUUUAGAUAUUGUAAUGGCUUUAGAAAAUUGCUGCCUAUUGGUGAUGGUCUGUAACACAAUAACAAUAUCAUGUUGUGCAUGAGUUCCACCUGCUAUUUCUGCAAAUUAAAUAAUUCAACAACUGAUAGUGUGAAUAAAAUCUUCAAAAUACAGUUGUUUCUUUCUGUACAAAUAACACUGAGCAUAGUACAAAUAAUACUUAGUAUAAUAAGAUCACUGAGCAAAAUAGCCAGAGAUCCAGUUGAAAGCACAAUGUGCACAAAUAUAUUUAAAAAGAAGGUCCAUAGAAUAACACUCCAGGAUGAGGUUUUGACUUGUGUAGGGCCUAAGGAGUGGGACAUGACACCACUAAGGAGAGAAUUCUGGUAUUGUUCACUACCCUUUCAUUUCCUGUAUUAGGCAGAACAGAGCGUUAGUUGUGCCUGAAAUGUUCUUUUAAAAAUGUACC